CGACGCGAACUAAAACCCUCAGUCGUCGUUCCUCACUCUCUUCACCGCCAUGGCUUCUCUGUAAAACCCACCUCUUACUCUAUUCCGUUCUGAAGGAUCUGCUCGCUCUCUAUCUCUGAAGCUCUCACGGUCCUACUACAAAGGUGAAAAAAAAUUUAGGAAGAAAUAUGCCUCUGUAUGAUUGUAUGCUCCUGGCGAAGCCGCAUGUAAAGAAGGAGGCUCUGUUGGACCUGGUUGCGAGAGUAAGCAAGCAUGUUUUCCGACGAAAUGGGGUUAUUACUGACAUGAAGUCCUUCGGCAAUGUGCACUUGGGUUAUGGUAUUAAGAAGCUUGAUGGCAGAUUUUAUCAGGGUCAACUGAUGCAGAUGACUAUGAUGGCUACACCUAACAUGAACAAGGAGCUGCAUUACCUCAACAAGGAAGAUCGGUUGCUACGCUGGCUCUUGGUUAAACACCGAGACACAAAGUAUGGCAUGGAGUUUCUUAGCGAACAGGAUACCAGAAAUGAAAUUAAUAAGUUUCAUCGGGGCAGCAUAUAUGAUAUGGUUGAAGAUGAUGACGACGACGACGACGAUGACGAUGAUGAAUAUGAUGUGGACCGGGAAGGAAAUAAUAUGGCUGAAGACGAUGACGACGAUGAUGAUGAAUAUGAUGUGGACCAGGAAGGAAAGCAGAUUGAUGGAUGAUGGAUGUCAGGAUGAUCCUCCAUUAGCGUUCUGUUCAGAUUUCUUAUUUAUGUUUGUCAUAAAAUUUUGUAGCAGCAACUGUUGUGAAUUAUAUGUUGGGUGAAUAUUGUCUUAUCAACGUGUUAGAUGCUCUGAGCUUUUAGUUUUCA